AUGGAUAAGUCCAAGGUUGUAUUUUACUCAAAGGGUUGUUUCAUAAAAGACCUUAACAUAAGAUAUGAGAAAGGGGAAGUGUAUGCUUUUAGUGGUCAAGAUUUUGAUUAUUGGUCUUUCUUUGAAGCAUGUGACCUAGUUAAGUUGAUUGAACCUGAGUUUGAUAUAGGUGGUGUUAAGAUGCGGUGGAAACAUGAUGAAGGAUCCUUUGAACAAGACUUAAAACCAUUUAGGGGUGAUGGAGAUGCUACUGAGUUAGCCAUGUAUGCUGUAGGAAAUAAGUGUGAAGUUGAGAUAUUUUGUGAGCCUAAAGUUGUAGGAGAGGAUACCUUUAUGGAUAAGUUUAGAGAAAGGGGAAAGGGAAUCAAAUGUGGUGAAGAUAGUGAUAGGUUGAGUAAAGCAAGUGAUGAUUCUAGUGAUGAAUCUUUGAGAGGUGUUCACUUUGAUGAUAGUGAAGAGGAAGGAAUCAAAGGGUUUGAUGAAGGGCUUGAUGAAGUGUUUGAUAAUGGAGUCAAAGAAGAACUAAAAGAUGGACCUGUUGCAAAUGAAGAGGUUAAUGCUCAUGUAGACAAGAAGAUUUUUACAACAUAA